UCUACGUCUGCUCUACGUCAAAUCAAAGAUCACAGAACCUCCACUGAUAUGUGACGGCGCGGCCGGUACUAAGGCCGUAUGCGUCUGCCGGCCGACGAAAGGUUGUUCUUCUGCUGUAAAGCUUCCUCUAAAGUCAAUCGUCCCCGACGAGGACACAGACCUGGAGGAGUAAAAAAUAAGGACAAGUGUUUGAAUGACAUCGACGAAACAUACAGUUAGGUAACGGCAGGUGCAGUGUGCAUAUAUUUGUACAUGUACUCUGGCUUUUUGAGGAAGUGCAAGGUUGCAUCAUGGGUGGCUGUUGUUGCCAUAAUGAUGAUGCCAAGGAAGAAAGCGUUGAGGAAAAAUGCAUUAUAGUGGAUAAUGAAGAGCCAGAGCCUGCAUCAAGGGAUUAUGGCUCCUUGUCAACAGUAGAGGACAAAAGUGAACUGAAAUAUGAGGAGAAACCUCAAGCAAACAGGAACAUCAAACAAAGCCCCAGUAAAGAAGAGAUCACACAGUACAAGGAAUUGAGUGAUGAAUAUUCAUCAUCCAGUGAUGUAUCACACAGCAGUAUAUCACCGCAGCAUGCAUCAGAAAGUCAACUUGCUGAGCAAGAGGUGGCUGAAAAUCCCAAUGAGGGUGUUACUGCUGUCACAGUGGCAGGUGAUGACAUGUCACAAGGUGACGUAGACAGGGAGAUUGAUCAGCUAGUAGCAGUGGCAAUGGCUGCCAAAGUCAUUUACCCACCAAGCGCAACUCAAGAAGAAGAAUCUUCAUUUUGUACAUCUCCUAGUCCAGCCUCGGGUAAUGAACCAUCAUCCCUACCCACCCAUGACCAAUCAGAUCAAGAUGAAGGCAGUGAUGAAGAGACCAGUCCCAAUAAAGGGUUCUCACUAAUGAAGAGAACACAGCAAUCAUUCAAGAGGGCUAAGGCUAGGGCCACCUCAAUGGUGUCUAUACCGUCUCGGAAUAGCAGUGGAGAGCAGGUUGGAAAGAAAAAGCAUAGUCUUCAGGAAAAAAAGUCAUCUCACCUGGAGAAGAAAAAGUUUAGCAUGGAGGAGAGAGCUCCAGAGAGAGAUUACAAGAAACCUUUGUAUGUUAAAAACAGCAGAGAAUCACAGACAGCUCCCAGCAAAUCAGGAACAAGGACAGCAAAACGGAGAACAGAAUUUGUAGCCGGGGAGGGGAUGAAGUCACAUUAUGCCAAAGGCCGGGUUGCUCAAUAUGAAGUAGAGCGUGAUGUCAGAGAGAAAAUUGCAUCCCACAAAGCAGCAAGUGAUCCCAGAAAGGCUGCACUGGAACGAGGAGAGCGUCUUGGCCAACUUGAUGAUACCAUCCAAGAUAUGAGGGACCAUUCAUCCUCAUUUGCACAGGUAGCACGGCAACUUCGAGAUGAGCAGCGUGGCAGGACAUCCACAUUUCCAUGGUGAUAGGCUAAAAGGGCAACAGAUCUAAUCCAGGUGUGAAACAUUUCCACAAAUCAGGAAAGCUUUUGAGGUUUUCCUCACGUAAGACAUCAAUUGUGGCAGAGAUUAAAAAAAACAAUCACAUCAUUGCAAACUGGGCAGAGUUGUGCAGUAUGACUGUUUGCACUCAGACUGUAUUUGAUACGUUCUUUGCAAAACAUAUGGAUUCAAGAAAGAUGGGGAAUUCUAGGAAGAUGAGGAGGAAGGAAGAUGGAGUAACAUGAUAAAAUGACAUGUCACAGGUGGGACAAUGGUUUUUGAAUUUACUGUUUUAAGAUCAGAAUUGAACGGUAGGGAAAAAAUUGGAAUAUUUAAAGUGUGUACAGAGAUCCAGUGUAUGGUGCCAUCAUAUCUUCUCAUUAUGAAUUCAACAAAUUUCAUUUUUGAUGAUACUGUCGUAACAUCAUACGUAAUUAUAUAUUUUUUUAACGUCAUGUACAUCUUUGUGACAUACAAAUGUAUUAUUAGAAUAGCCAGAUGUACUGAUGAUGUAUUACAGUGUUUACCACCAUGCAUGGUUGGUGGGACAGAACAGGGUUUAACCGUACAUGUUAUCAUAAGCAUGUGAAUAUGAUUAUUUCUGUGUUGAAGAAACUUUCUUUCUAACCAAGUUUUUCAAUCUUUCAGGGAAUCAUCUUCCAGAGCUGGAUGUGGUAAGACUGAGCCUUUAUAUUUCUUGAGAUACAUGUAUAAUGUAACUCAUAGGCUUACUUUAUCUCCUAUUUCUGGCAAAUGAUUUCCACGUACAUGUACAUCAGACCGAUGACUCAAAAUCUAUCCCAUCAUAUCACUGCAGUAAUCACUGUCAUGUGUCAUCAGUACAUAGGGCUGUUGAAACUUAGUUUGAAGUCUGAAGUCUGUAAAUAUUCAGUUCUUUAAAUGUAAUACAGUGAUGUCAUCAUGAUGUCACACUUUCUUUAUAAUGCCCAUUACAUGUUUGAUGUGCAUACCAUGGUCUAGCCCCAUCAGUUUGCCAGAUUUGACUUUGACAAGUUUAUCUCUAUCACAAGAUACGGAGGGCCUGAUGUUUCGAUCCUAGUAGAAUCUUUCCCAAAGGCAAAAUGAAGUACUGAUACUUGGCAGGUGUCACAUAAUAUUUCGGUAAAAUUGUUCAGUACUCAUCAUGUGUAGUUUGUGUGUAUUUUAUGCUCAGUUUGAAUGUCAAAUUGACAGAUGUUCCUGAAAUGGAAAACGUCUACUGUUCUGGGGAUGAACUUGCAGCGCAAGCGGUGGGGGGGGGGACAUUUCCAACUGGGGGUAUGCUGCCCCCACUUUUUGCAGAGCCUACAAUGGGGUUAGGCUUAAUUGAUCAGCCUGUUAAUGGCUGAUGCCCAAUGGUCUCUCAACUGGCCCCCACCUCACUUUGAAAAUCUUUCCACCGUCGCUGGUUAGAUGAACAUGGAAAGGAAACAAGAUGGAUUCUUUUAUGAGGUGAAUGGCUGCUGAAAGAGCUGAAAUGAAAGGGAAAAGUAUGUGUGACAGGUUGAGUGGGUGCUUUGGGUUAGUUACUUGGCCAUGUUUGAGCUGCAAAAAAUCAUCCAAAUAACAUGGUCCCAACAAUGU